AUGAGCAAGUCGCACUUUCAAGUGAUAAUCGUAGGAGGAUCAAUCGGCGGCUUGACAUUGGCUCAUUGCCUGCGAAUCGCUGGUAUCGAUCAUAUUGUCCUCGAGAAAUCGAGUAGCCCAGCACCCCAGAUUGGGGCUUCUAUAGGUAUUUUACCGAAUGGAGCUCGCAUAUUGGACCAGCUCCAACUAUGGUCUGAGGUUGAGGAUUGCAUCGAGCCUCUACACACGGCAACCAUUGGCCUUCCCGACGGAUUCAGCUUCAGUAGCUCCUAUCCCCAAAUCAUAAAUAAAAGGUUUGGGUUUCCCAUUGCCUUCUUGGACCGUCAAAAGCUCUUGGAAAUUAUCUAUCAGAGAUAUCCAGAUCCUAGUAAGAUCCGUUUGAAAGAGAGGGUGACCGCUAUCAAAAUUUCCGAUUCUGGUGCUACAGUGACUACGGCCAAUGGCUCCGUCUAUCGAGGGGCCCUCGUUGUCGGUGCAGACGGUGUCCAUAGCAUAGUCCGCCAGGAAAUUUGGAGAGCGAGCGAGAAACUCAGCUCAGGCUUGACAGCGGAGUUUCGUUGUAUCUUCGGCAUCUCAUCGGCCAUCAAGGGAUUGAGUGUCGGAGAGCAAGUGAACGCAUUAUUCGAUGGACUGACCAUUGUCACAAUCCAUGGAAAGAAUGGCCGCGUGUAUUGGUUUGUCAUACAGAAGUUGGACAAGAAAUACACUUAUCCUAACUGCCCUCGCUACACGAAAAAUGAUACUUCAGUCGCAGCCGAGGAAUUGAGGAACAUAAAUUUCUACCGGGAUAUUACUUUUGGGCAAGUAUGGGAAAACCGGGAAACGGCUUCAAUGACAGUGUUAGAAGAGAACACCUUCGAAACUUGGUACCAUGGCCGAUUAGUUCUCCUGGGUGACAGUGUCCAUAAAAUGACCCCGAACAUUGGCCAGGGAGCGAAUAUGGCGAUCGAGGAUGCCGCAGCUCUGACAAACCUGCUGCGCAAUCUGGAGAAAUUACCGAGUACACUAUCCUCGGGUACUGCCCAGAUAGAGACAAUGUUGCGUCAAUAUCGCAGCCUUCGAUAUGAGCGGGUUGAAUCCAUCUACCGUGACUCACGGUUCCUGGUCCGCUUUCAAGCUCGAGAUGGCCUGCUGAAUAUUCUUCUCAGUCGAUACUACGCACCCUACGCAGGGGAUCUACCGGCCGACAUGGCGUCCAAAACCAUUGCUGAUGGAGUUAUGUGUGACUUUCUACCUCCUCCAACGCGCAGUGGUGAUGGAUGGAAACGAUAUAGAAGAAAUAGUCGGCUUCGCGGCUGGAGGUUUCAAGCCAUGCUGUAUAUUAUUAUGCUUGCUAUCCUGUAUACUUGGAUUUGGAGAGAAAACCUGGACUCAAUAUCUCUAUCUGGGCUACCUGAUGGGCUGCACUGCGAGUACACCGGAUUCACUCCUCUGGAUCAAUUCCUGACAGCAUGCAAUGUAUUCUUCUGGCCAGUAUUCCAAGGAGAGGUACCUAACUUGUCGCUAUAUGGAGUGGCAUUCGCUAGUGCCGUGAUACCAAUGUGGUUGGUGAUCGUGGUCGAGACACAUCGAGGAAGACGUCCCGUUGCUGCAUUGAUGGAGUUAGCUUUUCUAGCCGGUCCACUGGUCCAAUGUCUUGGCCCAGGACUUGUGAUUCCUGCGAUUUUGUCGAGAUUCCAUGUACCAACUCAUGACACCAAGCUGCAUUUUGGACUCGAUAUAGGCUUUUACCCGUCCUCAAUGAUCAUUGCAUACAUUCUCCCACUUGUAUUUGCUGCAUCACCCACCCUGGGUGUCACUGCAUAUGAAACAAAGCAGAAAUUGAUCGCAGCUUGGCAGGGUUGGCCUGUUUACGCCUCACUUAUCAUGUUGAUCAUCCGUUAUCUGCGCCCUAUGCGAUGCUCAGAAGAUUGGCAGUUGAGGAUAGCGUGUGCCUUUGCUUUUGCAUGUUCCACUGCUGGACAUCUGGCAUUUCUGUGGUUUGCCAGGGCCAAGACGGCCUCAUAUCACGUCUUUUUUCCACCGGCUCCCUGGAGGGAACUGCAGGUGACGAAUAUUGAGGCAGGCGUGCUGCAAUUCCUCCAAUGGGACUAUACGUUAUCUGCAUUGGCGAUGCUAGUGUGGACAGUUGCCUCCUACAGCCAGGCAACCGGACGAAGAAAUUGCCAGUCUUCUUGGAUUUUACUGACUGCCGGAAUGGCCGGAGUGAUCUUGCUGGGGCCUUGCAGUGUGGCUAUGGUGCUGUACUGGAAGACAUUGACGUCGGUUACUGAGAAAGGGCACUGUUAUCGGAGGCUGGAUUUGAAGAGCUUCCGAACAUUUCGUGCUGAGCCGAAUCUUGCACCACGCACGACUAGGCCGAGUAAGGAGCCACACCAUAGACCAAACCAGGGCGUUGAUCCCUAUGAGACGAUCAUUCGUGCUCCGUUAGACUACCUACUUUCCAUCCCUGGAAAAGACAUUCGAGGCAAAUUAAUCGCUGCUUUCAAUGAAUGGCUUCAACUACCAGACGAAAAUCUUGCCAUUGUCAAGGAAGUGAUUAAUUUGCUACACACCGCAUCAUUACUCAUUGAUGAUAUCCAGGAUGGAUCGCGGCUUCGUCGGGGUCGCCCUGUGGCUCAUGAAGUUUUUGGCGUGGCUCAAACCAUUAACGCGGCAAACUAUGCAUAUUUUUUGCAACAGGAAAGACUCAGCGAGAUCGGUGACCCACGCGCAUUUCAUAUCUUCACCAACGCCCUCCUAGAUCUGCAUCGGGGCCAAGGAAUGGAUCUCUACUGGCGUGAUGCGGUAGUGUGUCCGACAAAGGAGGACUACAUCCGGAUGGUGACCUAUAAGACCGGAGGGUUGUUUCGACUAGCAUUGGAAUUGAUGCAGAUUCAAAGCAAGUCAACCACGGACUUCUCCGAACUUAUCGAGCUAUUGGGUAUCAUUUUCCAAAUUCGUGACGACUACAUGAAUCUACAAAGUGGGCUUUACGCUGAGAAGAAAGGGUCGAUGGAAGAUUUGACGGAGGGCAAGUUCUCUUAUCCAGUCAUUCACAGCGUCCACGCAGCACCUGGGAAUACAGAGCUCGUCGAUAUCCUCAAGCAGCGCAGUGAGGACGACGCGGUCAAACUUCGUGCUGUGCAGUACAUGGAGUCAACGGGAAGCUUCCAGUAUUGUCGUGAAACUUUAGCUCAGCUAACGAAGCAAGCACGCAGUCAUGUUAAAGAGUUGGAGAUGUCAUUGGGUCCAAACAAGGAAAUUCAUGGUAUUCUCGAUUUGCUUCACGUCCCGACAUCCAAUGAGAAACCUACUGCUUGA